CGGGCGGAGGCCAGGGGAGGCGGCGGCGGCCGUUGGAGCGCGACAGUCCCUGCCUCGCUGUGUUCCUUUCGUUUUCACGGCUUGGUAGAGAGAGCUGCCCUUCGUUACCUGCUGUUAACAGCUAAGGACGGGAUCGGCGAAUCAGUUUGUUAUUCCAGGGUUCAUUUGUGAUCCCUCAAAUAGCCGAAGAGGCGCCGGGGCUGAGUAAGGUUGCAGAAGUAGAGAACCUUGUCGCCCACUUGGCGGAGGUUGGGGCUGUAGCUUGGCUCGGCACCGAAAACGAGGCACAUCUGCAGUGGCCAUCUCUUCGAGGACCCACUUUCGGCCUCUGGAAAUAUAAGGGCUCUACCUUGUAGUGCCCAACCCCAGGGCCUGAGGCCAAGGCUCUUCCUUGCCCCCUUCUGCUCCCCCGUUUGACUUUAAAUUUUUGGAAUUAAUUUUAGACUCACAGAAGUUGCAGAAGCGGCUUUCCCUAUUGUUAAUAUCUUAUGUCACUUAUGUUGAUAUCUAAUGUACAUAUGUCAAAACUGAGAAGUGAACACUGGCAUAAUACUGUUAAGUACAAACGCUAUACAGGGUUUGCCAGUUUUUUCCACUUAGUUUUCUGUUCCAGUAUCCAGAUCAGAAUACCACAUUGCACUUAGCCUGCCUCGUUUUUAAUUGGUUAAGAGCCGGAAUCUCCUCUCUCAUCCCCCUCCGCACUCCAUGACCUGAGCUACUUCUUCAAAUUCAAGAAAUAUUUACUCAUUCUUUUAAUUUAGCGAGUAUUUAUUGGUAGUCUGUUAUAUGCCAGGCCCUGUCCUAGAUACUGGGGAUUCAGCAUUGAACUAGAUAAUCCUGCCCUCAUAUGGGUGCCAGAUAAAGUCUACUGGAACCCAAAGGUCUGGAUUCUGCCCUUUUGUAUUUAACGAUUCUUUUUUUUUUUUUUUUUUUAAGAACAUGCCACUUAGGAUAAUUUUUAAGUUGGUUGAAAUCAGCAUUAAACUUACCUAUCCCUUGCGAUUUAAUCUAAACUUUAUUAUAAAUUUCCAGGUGAUAGGAUUACCUCUUUCAUCUUCCAUUAUCGAUUUUUUCCCUCUCAAAAGUUAUUUCUAGCCUGAGAAAAAUACAGCGCACAAAGAAAUACUAAGUACACAGGACUGAAGACCCUCCUAUAGAUGGAGUUUCUCUCGUGUCGUGGUGCCAGAAGAAGGUUCUUCAUCCAGAGUCAUAGUGCAUGUGGAUCUGGAUUGCUUUUAUGCACAAGUAGAAAUGAUAUCAAAUCCGGAACUGAAGGGUAAACCUUUAGGGGUUCAGCAGAAAUAUUUGGUGGUUACCUGCAACUAUGAAGCUAGGAAACUUGGAGUUAAGAAACUUAUGACUGUCAGAGAUGCAAAAGAAAAAUGUCCACAGCUGGUAUUAGUUAAUGGAGAAGACUUGACACGUUACAGAGAGAUGUCAUAUAAGGUUACAGAGUUGUUGGAAGAAUUUAGUCCAGUUGUUGAGAGACUGGGAUUUGAUGAAAACUUUGUGGAUCUAACAGAGAUGGUUGAGAAGAGACGACAGCAGCUUCAAAGUGGUGAACUUUCAGCACUGACUGUGUGGGGUCAUGUAUAUAAUGACCAGUAUGUAAACCUGCAUGACAUCUUGCACGUCAGACUCCUUGUUGGAUCUCAGAUUGCAGCAGAGAUGCGGGAAGCCAUGUAUAAUCAACUGGGUCUCACUGGCUGUGCUGGAGUGGCUUCUAAUAAAUUAUUGGCAAAAUUAGUUUCUGGUGUUUUUAAACCAAAUCAACAAACAGUCUUACUACCUGAAAGUUCUCAAGUUCUCAUUCAGAGCUUGAACCAUGUAAAGGAAAUGCCUGGUAUUGGCUAUAAAACUACCAAACGUCUUGAAGCUCUGGGUAUCAGAAGUGUGCGUGAUCUCCAAACCUUUUCAUCCAAAAUACUAGAAAAGGAAUUAGGAAUUUCAGUUGCACAGCGUAUUCAGAAGCUCAGUUUUGGAGAGGAUAACUCUCCUGUGACACCCUCAGGACCACCUCAGUCCUUUAGUGAAGAGGAUUCAUUUAAAAAAUGUUCAUCGGAAGUUGAAGCUAAAAAUAAGAUUGAAGAACUACUUGCCAGUCUUUUGAACAGAGUAUGCCAAGAUGGAAGGAAGCCACAUACAAUAAGAUUAAUAAUCCGUCGGUAUUCACCUGAGAAUCACUGUAGCCGUGAGAGUCGUCAGUGCCCUAUUCCAUCGCAUGUAAUUCAGAAGUUAGGGACAGGAAAUUAUGAUGUGAUGACUCCAAUGGUUGAUAUACUUAUGAAACUUUUUCGAAAUAUGGUGAAUGUGAAGAUGCCAUUUCAUCUUACCCUUUUAAGUGUGUGCCUCUGCAACCUUAAAGCAUUAACUACUGCUAAGAAAGGGACUAUUGAUUAUUAUUUAACACCAUCAUUAUCGACAACUUCCCGCUCUGGCAAGCGCAGUUUUAAAAUGAAAGACACUCAUGUGGAAGAUUUUUCCAAAGACAAAGAAACAAGUUGGGAUUUUCUACCAUCUGGAAGAAUUGAAAGUACAAGAACUGGGGAAGCUCCAGUAGAUACUACACAUUUUUCUAAAGAAAAAGACACUGAUGAAUUCCCACUCUGGUCACUUUCUGAAGGUAUUGACCAAGAAGUCUUUAAGGAACUUCCAGUAGAUAUUCAAGAAGAAAUCCUUUCUGGAAAAUCUGGAGAAAAACUUGAAGGCAAAGAAAGUUUGAGUUGUCCAUUACAUGCUUCUAGAGGAGUAUUAUCUUUCUUUUCUACAAAACAAAUGAAAGAUAGUCCCUUAAAUCCUAAAGAUCAUUUAUCCAGUAGCAAACAGAUGUCUUCUUCCUGUGAACCAGGAACAUCAGGUUUAAGUAGCAGUAGUUGCUCUUCUCCGUCUAGCCAAAAGGAUUAUUCACAUUAUUUAGACAGUAGAUUAAAAGAUGAGCAAAUGAGUCAAGGACCUAAAGAAUCUCAAGGAUUUCACUUUUCACAUACAAACCCCGCUGUAUCUAUUUUCCAUUCAUUUCCAAAUUUGCAGAGUGAGCAACUUUUCUCCACAAACCACACUACAGAUAGCCAUAAGGAACCACUAGCAACAGUCUCUCAUCAUGAAGGACUUCCAGAAAAUAGAGAGCAAGAUUCUACUGAUGAGAAAAUUACCUUUCCUUCUGACAUUGAUCCUGAAGUUUUCUAUGAACUACCAGAAGAGGUACAAAAAGAGCUGUUGGCACACUGGAAGAGAACAGGAUCAGAUUUCCACAUUGUACAUAAAUAAGCAUGUUCAGAAAAAGGUCUAGAAAGCAAAGGAAAGGCCAUUGUUCUCAGAUCUAGCAGUUUAUUAAGCUCCUCUAAAUUAAACACUAAUAGGUAUUCAAUAAUGUAGAAAUCUAAUAUAAGAUGUUCCAGAUAAAAGCAAGUGUAGUAAUGGGAAGUAAAUUCUGGCACAAAACAUAAAAAUAUUUAUAACAGAAA